AACCGCGCGGGCCAUGGCGCAUGCGUAGAUGUUGGUGUAAUGGCGGACUGUGGCGCGGGCUAAAAAGUGGAGACUUCUUCAUCUCUAAAAUGUCGUGCUGCGUUAACUUCUGUACAAACCGGAGCGACCGGCGCGGCGUCGCCACGGGGACGCUCCACCCGCUCCACUUCUACCGCUUCCCCUCCGACCCCACGCAGCGCACCCUCUGGAUCAAAGCGGCGCGGCGCUGGGACCUUCUCAAGACCAACCCGGGGCCCAACCGCAGGGUCUGCAGCGCGCACUUCAUCACAGGGAAGUUUUCUCGGGACCCUCGGCACCCGGACUACGUGCCUUCCAUCUUCAGCUUCAACAAAAAGCACGAAUACUCACGCAUCACUGAGCGUGUGCAGAGGUUCAAUCGUCUGGGGAAGCAGUGCGAGGUGCCAGGGUAUCCAUUUCAUCCUCUGCCCAGCCCCGCUGAACACCUGCGGCUGCACACUCAUUCAAAGAAGACUGCUCAGAACCCGACCAAACCACAAACUGUGCCCUCUGACGAGGCUGAACAGCUGCAAGGUGCUGUAGACAACCAGGGCCAUGUUCCCUUCCCAGACAGAGUGUUCCCAUCCGGGACUGUCUUAGUGGAUUCCAGCGGAAGGAUUCUAAAUGUCCAGGGGACUAUUAUCCCACUGGGCACCAGUAUCCUGCAGGGAGCCGCGCAGACGCAGGGAGCCGCGCAGACGCAGGGAGCCGCGCAGACGCAGGGAGCCGCGCAGACGCAGGGAGCCGCGCAGACGCAGGGAGCCGCGCAGACGCAGGGAGCCGCGCAGACGCAGGGAGCCGCGCAGACGCAGGGAGCCAGAUGCCACAGUUAUUCAAAGAAGACUCCUCAGAACCCGACCAAAGCACAAAGUGUGCCCUCUGUGGGAGCUGGACACCUGCAGGGCCCCUGGGUUUUGGUGGACUCAAACGGGAGAAUUGUAAAUGUUCAGGGGACUGUCCUUCCACCGGGCACCAGAGUCCUGCAGGGAGCCGGAGCUGGACACCCGCAGGGAGCCGGAGCUGGACACCCGCAGGGAGCCGGAGCUGGACACCCGCAGGGAGCCGGAGCUGGACACCCGCAGGGAGCCGGAGCUGGACACCCGCAGGGAGCCGGAGCUGGACACCCGCAGGGAGCCGGAGCUGGACACCCGCACACUCUUGGCCGUGGAUUCCUAUUGAACAAAGGACAGCCACAAAAAAAGACUCCUCAGAACCCGACCAAAGCACAAAGUGUGCUCUCUGUGGGGGCUGGACAGCUCCUGGCAGCUGGACUCAGCAAGGCUCUUGCGGCGUUAGGGGCGGAGACAACCGUGGCCCAAAUGAUGAUUCUUCUGAUCUACAAUCCACCGAAGCCCGUCCCCCCAGCAGUUGUUGAGGCGGACCACACUUACGCUCAGUCUGCGACCUCUGCCCCCAGCUCCUCAGACUCCAGCCAGGACGAGGACGAGGAUGAGGCCCCCGUAAAGGACACAGCCGGCACUGCACCCAAAGCCGCCGCUCCGAAGCCCAAAGUUUCCAUGGAGAAAAACGGGAACGCCACAGAGCUGAAACCCAGCAGCAGCAGCAGCAGCAGCAGCAGCAGCAGCUGCGAGAGGCCUAGUGAGAAGAAACUGGUGGCUCUGAACUGCCCCGUGUGUGAAAACCAGUACCUGACCAUUGACAGCUAUCUGACCCACAUGAAGAAACAUGCCAUCGAACGCUACCGCUGCAAAGUCUGUGAAAAACUGACCAAAGGCAAGACAGAGCUGGCCGGACACAUGAGGAUCCACACGGGGGAGAAACCUUUCAGUUGUUCAUUCUGUGACAAGCGCUUCCGUCUGAAGAAGAGUAUGACCACUCAUCUGAAGGUCCACACAGGGCCCCAGUGCAGCAUCUGCGGCAGAAUGUUCAGGAGUGUGAAGCUGCUGGAGGUCCAUCAGCUCAAGCAUCGAGAACAGCUGAAAGAAGCGGAGGAGGAACAUCAGGAGGAGGGACGCGCUGGGGAGAGAAACAACGUGGUACAGCCACAGGAAGGAGAGAUGCGGUUUCCCUGUGUCGUCUGUGGAAAGGCGUUUCCUCGACAGCGCCGCCUGGAGGAGCACAUGACGCUGCACACUGGAGAGCGGCCACACCAAUGCACCAUGUGCCACAAACGCUACCGCACCAGGACCACGCUCGCUGUGCACACCAAGAGGCACACAGCAGAGAAACCUUUCAGCUGUUCGGUGUGUACUAAGACCUUCUGGAAGAGAGACGCCCUGAACGCCCACAUGGAGGCGCUCCACACGGGGAAGACCUUUGAGUGCAAGGAAUGUGGACGAAAGUUUGCGUCAAAGUCCAAGCUACAGUUCCACUCAAAAAGACACGCAAAGGACAGACCUUACAGGUGCUCAGUGUGCCUGCAGUUGUUCGAAUCCAUGAAAACAGCAGAGGAACAUUUGGAGUCUCACAAAAAAGAGGCAGAGGGUUCAGAGCAAAGCUCUGAGCGAAGUGACUUGUCCAUCGUGUAUCUGGGAGCACAGUAUCUGUGCACCGAGUGUGGUAAAGUCUUCUACGUUAAACAAAACCUGGAGAAACACAUGCGCGUCCACACUCAGGACAGACCUUUCAGCUGUUCUCAGUGUGGUCUCAAAUUCAAGGAUAAAGUGUCUUUGUCCACACACAUGAUGCUGCACACAGACGAGCGACCUUUCUGCUGUUCAGUCUGUCCCAAAGCGUUCCGGGUGAAGGUGACUCUGGACAAACAUAUGCUCAUCCACUCUGGACUGAAGCAGUUUUCCUGUGACAUGUGCACAGCUCGCUUCUCCAAGAAGUCCAGCCUGAAGACGCACUCCUUCGUCCACUCAAAGGAGCGGCCAUUUUCCUGCCUCAGCUGCCCCAAAAAGUACAAGAGCCUCCAGCAACGCAACGACCACAUGAGGGCAGCACAUGGCGCUGGGGACCACCCCUGCCCAACCUGCCACAAGGUGUUCAUGACCGACGCCGGACUGCACCGGCACAUGGGCCGGGCUAUGCACGUGGGGGGAGGGGCAGGGACAGGGGGAGUGGCUAAAGGAAGGACUGUGGCAGAGGGCGAAGCCAGUGCAGAGGGAGGGGCUAGAGCAGAGGGAGGGGCUAGAACAGAGGGCGGGGCAGAGGAUUUGGAGACCCAACAGGCAGCAGAGACCAUCCUGAAGGUGGCAGUGGAGCGGCUGCAUUGAAACAUUUGUUUGGAAAAUUAACCGUUUUUGUACCAGGCUCAGGCUCAAUAAACCUUUUGGACAUUCAUCUUCUGAUACAGUGUUUGUUUUUUGUUGUUGUUGUUGUUGUUUUGUUUUUUGUUUCAUUUCUGAUGGUUUGAAGCUUUGUCUCCAGCUCUGGUUUCUGUAAGUGUGUAUGACGCAUGUUCGUGUUUGAACCUUUUUGUUUUAGUGACAUUUCACUGUUUCACUUGUUUUAAAGGGCCCAUGCUGCACAGUGUUCUGAUCUCUGCUAUAAUGAAAAUAGAAAACACUCUUCCACCUUGUGAUGUCAUGUGGUGAUAUAGGAAGUGCACGGUAUGUUUAAACUCUAUACAACUUCAUUAGAAUCAUUGGAUCAUUUUAGUCCAUUAACAUACUACUGCCACUAAAUGACAUCAGCAGGUGGGACAGAGCAGAUUUGGAGACGGACUGACGGUGGAAUAUUGUUUCACACCUUUAAAUGUGCUGUAGAAAUAAAGUGAGACUUGACUCUG